UCAUGCUGCUGCCAAGGUCCAGAGUCUCUCAUGGGUCCCUGUAACGGCCUCCCCAUUGCUUGCUGUCUCCAUCGCCACACUCUGCCAUGUGCCACUUUCAGGUCUCCUCACACACUGCUGGUGUGUUCCAAUUUUUUUUGACAUAGGGUGCUGGCAGAUUACGGGCCUCCCAUAGCUGCUGCCAGGCCCCCCUAAUCUGCCAUGGGGCCCCUAUAUACCGCCUCCUCAUGCUGCUGCCAGGUCCAGAGUCUGUCAUGGGUCCCUGUACGGCCUCCCAUUGCUGCUGUCUCCAUCGCCCACACACUCUGCCAUGUGCCACUUUCAGGUCUCCUCACACACUGCUGGUGUGUUAGAAUUUUUUGAC